CAGGCGGAUCCGCUCUGCAGCAGGAACCCAGCUCCAGCCGCAGCCGCAGCCGCAGCCGCCGCCUGGGCCGAGGAGCAGCCUCAGCCGCCGCCAGUGGCCGAGUGAGCGGAGCCGAGUUUGAGCCAGCGCCUAGCGGUGAAUCGGGGCCUCACCAUGAGUUCCUCGCCUGUUAAUGUGAAAAAGCUGAAGGUGUCGGAGCUGAAGGAGGAGCUCAAGAAGCGGCGCCUGUCCGACAAGGGCCUCAAGGCCGAGCUCAUGGAGCGUCUCCAGGCCGCGCUGGACGACGAGGAGGCCGGGGGCCGCCCCGCCAUGGAGCCCGGGAACGGCAGCCUAGACCUGGGCGGGGAUUCUGCCGGGCGCUCGGGAGCAGGCCUCGAGCAGGAGGCCGCGGCAGGCGGCGAUGACGACGAGGAGGAAGAGGAGGAGGAGGAGGAAGGGAUAGCCGCCCUGGAUGGCGACCAGAUGGAGCUCGGGGAGGAGAACGGCGCCGCGGGGGCGGCCGACUCGGGCCCGAUGGAGGAGGAGGAAGCCGCCUCGGAGGACGAGAACGGCGACGACCAGGGCUUCCAGGAAGGGGAGGAUGAGCUCGGAGACGAGGAAGCCGCGGGCGACGAGAACGGGCACGGGGAGCAGCAGCCUCAACCGCCGGCGGCGCCGCAGCAACAGCCCCAGCAGCAGCGCGGGGCCGCCAAGGAGGCCGCGGGGAAGAGCAGCGGCCCCACGUCGCUGUUCGCGGUGACGGUGGCGCCGCCCGGGGCGAGGCAGGGCCAGCAGCAGGCGGGAGGAGACGGCAAAACAGAACAGAAAGGCGGAGAUAAAAAGAGAGGUGUUAAAAGACCUCGAGAAGAUCAUGGCCGUGGCUAUUUUGAGUACAUUGAAGAGAACAAGUAUAGCAGAGCCAAAUCUCCUCAGCCACCUGUUGAAGAAGAAGAUGAGCACUUCGACGACACAGUUGUUUGUCUUGAUACUUAUAAUUGUGAUCUACAUUUUAAAAUAUCAAGAGAUCGCCUCAGUGCUUCUUCCCUUACUAUGGAGAGUUUUGCUUUUCUUUGGGCUGGAGGAAGGGCAUCCUAUGGUGUGUCGAAAGGCAAAGUCUGUUUUGAGAUGAAGGUUACAGAGAAGAUCCCAGUAAGGCAUUUAUAUACAAAAGAUAUUGACAUACACGAAGUUCGGAUUGGCUGGUCACUAACCACAAGUGGAAUGUUGCUUGGUGAAGAAGAAUUUUCUUAUGGGUAUUCUCUAAAAGGAAUAAAAACAUGCAGCUGUGAGACUGAAGAUUAUGGAGAGAAGUUUGAUGAAAAUGAUGUGAUUACAUGUUUUGUUAACUUUGAAAGUGAUGAAGUAGAACUCUCCUAUGCAAAGAAUGGACAAGAUCUUGGCAUUGCCUUCAAAAUCAGUAAGGAAGUUCUUGCUGGACGACCACUCUUCCCGCAUGUUCUGUGCCACAACUGUGCGGUUGAGUUUAAUUUUGGUCAGAAGGAAAAGCCAUAUUUUCCAAUACCUGAAGACUAUACUUUUAUCCAGAAUGUCCCCUUGGAGGAUCGAGUUAGAGGACCAAAGGGGCCUGAAGAGAAGAAAGAUUGUGAAGUGGUUAUGAUGAUUGGCUUGCCAGGAGCUGGAAAAACUACCUGGGUUACUAAACAUGCAGCAGAAAAUCCUGGUAAAUACAACAUUCUUGGAACAAACACCAUAAUGGAUAAAAUGAUGGUGGCAGGUUUUAAGAAGCAAAUGGCAGAUACUGGGAAACUAAACACGCUGUUGCAGAGAGCUCCACAGUGUCUUGGAAAGUUUAUUGAGAUUGCUGCCCGUAAGAAGAGAAAUUUCAUUUUGGAUCAGACAAAUGUGUCUGCUGCUGCCCAGAGGAGAAAAAUGUGCCUGUUUGCAGGCUUCCAACGAAAAGCUGUUGUAGUUUGCCCAAAAGAUGAAGACUAUAAGCAGAGAACGCAGAAGAAAGCAGAAGUAGAGGGAAAAGACCUACCGGAACAUGCAGUCCUCAAAAUGAAAGGAAACUUUACUCUGCCAGAAGUAGCUGAGUGCUUUGAUGAAAUAACGUAUGUUGAACUUCAGAAGGAGGAAGCCCAAAAACUUUUGGAGCAAUAUAAGGAAGAAAGCAAAAAAGCUCUUCCACCGGAAAAGAAACAGAACACAGGCUCAAAGAAGAGCAAUAAAAAUAAGAGUGGCAAGAACCAGUUUAACAGAGGUGGUGGCCAUAGAGGGCGCGGUGGAUUCAAUAUGCGUGGUGGAAAUUUCAGAGGAGGAGCUCCUGGGAAUCGUGGUGGAUAUAAUAGGAGGGGCAAUAUGCCACAGAGAGGUGGUGGCGGUGGCGGAAGUGGUGGAAUUGGCUAUCCAUAUCCUCGUGGCCCUGUUUUUCCCAGCCGAGGCGGUUAUUCAAACAGAGGGAAUUACAACAGAGGUGGAAUGCCUAACAGAGGGAACUACAACCAGAACUUCAGAGGACGAGGAAACAAUCGUGGCUACAAAAAUCAAUCUCAGGGCUACAACCAGUGGCAGCAGGGUCAAUUCUGGGGUCAGAAGCCAUGGAGUCAGCAUUAUCACCAAGGAUAUUAUUGAAUACCCAAAUAAAACGAACUGAUACAUAUUUCUCCAAAACCUUCACAAGAAGUCGACUGUUUUCUUUAGUAGGCUAACUUUUUAAACAUUCCACAAGAGGAAGUGCCUGCGGGUUCCUUUUUUAGAAGCUUUGUGGGUUGAUUUUUUUUUUUUCGUUUCUUUUUUGUACAUUUUUAAUUGCAGUUUUAAAGUGAAUCGUAAGAGAACCUCAGCAUUGUGCACGAUAAGAGAAUGUGUCAGUAUUUCAGGGUUCUACAUUUUAUCUGUAAAAUGUGACUUUUUUUUUUAUCACAACAAAAGUAAAAUGUUGCUUUGUA